AUGGAAGUAUGCUACCAGCUGCCGGUGCUGCCCCUGGACAGGCCGGUCCCCCAGCACGUCCUCAGCCGCCGAGGAGCCAUCAGCUUCAGCUCCAGCUCUGCGCUCUUCGGCUGCCCGCAUCCCCGGCAGCUCUCGCAGAGACGUGGAGCUAUUUCCUAUGACAGUUCCGACCAGACUGCGUUAUAUAUUCGUAUGCUCGGAGAUGUCCGCGUAAGGAGCCGAGCAGGAUUUGAAGCAGAAAGAAGAGGUUCGCACCCGUAUAUCGACUUCCGUGUUUUCCACUCUCAAUCUGAAAUUGAAGCAUCAGUCUCUGCCAGGAACAUCAGAAGACUACUAAGUUUCCAGCGCUAUCUCAGAUCCUCGCGCUUUUUUCGGGGCGCCACAGUUUCUAGUUCUCUAAACAUUCUAGAUGACGAUUAUAAUGGACAAGCCAAGUGUAUGCUGGACAAGGUUGGAAACUGGAAUUUUGAUAUCUUUCUCUUUGAUAGACUGACAAAUGGAAAUAGUCUAGUAAGUUUAACCUUUCAUCUAUUUAGUCUUCAUGGAUUGAUUGAGUACUUCCAUUUAGAUAUGGUCAAACUCCGUCGAUUUUUAGUUAUGAUUCAAGAAGAUUACCACAGUCAAAAUCCUUACCACAAUGCAGUCCAUGCUGCGGAUGUUACUCAGGCCAUGCACUGUUAUCUAAAGGAACCUAAGCUUGCCAAUUCUGUAACUCCUUGGGAUAUCUUGCUGAGCUUAAUUGCAGCUGCCACUCAUGAUCUGGAUCACCCAGGUGUUAAUCAGCCUUUCCUUAUUAAAACCAACCAUUAUUUGGCAACUUUAUACAAGAAUACCUCAGUCCUGGAGAACCACCACUGGAGAUCGGCAGUGGGCUUGUUGAGAGAGUCUGGUUUGUUCUCACAUUUGCCACUGGAAAGCAGGCAACAGAUGGAGACCCAGAUAGGCGCGUUGAUUCUAGCCACAGACAUCAGCCGCCAGAACGAGUACCUGUCGCUGUUUAGAUCCCACUUGGACAAAGGUGACCUACACCUCGACGAUGGCAGACACAGGCAUCUGGUUCUGCAGAUGGCCUUGAAAUGCGCUGACAUCUGUAACCCCUGUCGGAGCUGGGAGCUAAGCAAGCAGUGGAGCGAGAAAGUGACGGAGGAAUUCUUCCACCAAGGAGAUAUAGAAAAAAAGUACCAUUUGGGUGUGAGUCCACUUUGUGAUCGUCAGACUGAGUCUAUUGCCAACAUCCAGAUUGGGUUUAUGACCUACCUGGUGGAGCCGUUAUUUACGGAGUGGGCCAGGUUUUCGGAUACAAGGCUGUCACAGACAAUGCUUGGCCAUGUGGGGCUGAAUAAAGCCAGCUGGAAGGGACUGCAGAGACAACAGCCCAGCAGCGAGGGUGCGAAUGCUGCCUUUCAGCUGAACUCACAGUCAUUAACUCAGGAAAAUCGGUUAUCCUAACCCUGAACCAGUGGGACCAGCUCCUUCCUGCAAGAUUGUGGAAAUGUGAAAGGGGUCUCGAGGCGAAGAACUGAUUUCCAAGGAAAUGAUGCCAGCAUUAUUUAUUAUUUGAGGUUUCUUCUGUUGGAUCAUAUGAGCCCACUUUUUAAUGAUAAGACCUGAGUACACAGCAAUAUGCAGCUGGCUUUUGUGUGAAACCUUGAAUAUACAAAGCUCAGCAGGUGAACCAGAAAGGGUUAACAAAGGAAGAUUUGCUACGCGUUUCCAAAGUGUGUAUCCUUCGAGCCCCGAAACUUGAACUGAAUCUCAGCAGAAUUUCGAUCUGACCUGCCCGAUUCCACAGAGCAUCUGCCCCUUCCACUAUGUUCUCUCUGAGAAAACAGAAAUGUGAAGCGCCCAGCCUCUGCUGCCUCUGGCAAGACUCAAUGUUUACAAAUCAACUCUGAAAUACUGGUUCUAAAUUGCCUUGGAGCAUGAUUGUGAAGGAGCCACUGAGACAUUCACAGCUCCAGCUGGAGACUGCAGCUCUCCGGUGGUUUGCCUUUUUCUUCUUUGGAUGAUGCCCUCAGAGCCUCCCUUUCCUUCGCUGUUUUGUCUUUUGCGCUAGAGAGGGAGCGGCUGUCACACAGCACCAAGCACUUCACUCCAGUGCUGUUUGGCAAUGCAGAUUUUUAACUUAGUUUUUCCUCUGGGGCGGGAGGGCCGGAACACAAGUGUCCCAGCUGUGUCCUGACUCUGAAGACACUGCAUGUUGUUUUCACUACUGUACACGUGACCUGCACAUGCAAGGAAAAGGUGGAAUGUUUAACACACCAUAAUCAGCUCAGGGUAUUUGCCGAUCUGAAAUAAAGUGGGAUGGGGAAGUGUGUCCUUCAGACCAAGGGAAUUAAGUCCCUUUCGCUGCAGUGCGUGAGAGGUAUGUUGUGUGACUGUGUGACUGUGUGUGUGUGUUUACGUGCAUGUUUGUGCAUGUCUGGCUGUGCAUGUUCUGUCCAUCCGUGUGGGAAAGGAUUGGAAAUGUAAGCUUUUAUUUAUUGUUCGAGAAUGUGACCUAGUGAGCAGCCACACUUGGGGAGGGAAGGUAGGCGAAGCUGUAAGAUUGCUCCAGGUGCCUUCAACUAUGCACAAAGCUAAGCGACCAAACUUCUCGUUUUGAUUUGAAAAGUGCAUUGUUUCUUGUCCCUCCCUCUGAUGAAACGUCACGCUUUGGUGGGCCUUUUGAUGUGAAUACAUGUUUUCUAGGAUAAAAUUUAAGGACUAAUUUUAGACAAAACAUUCCACUUUUGUAAUUUGUUUUCAAUGGUUUUAUGUACAGCAAGCACAACUGUAAUCUAGUUUAAGAGAAACGGUGCUUUUAGUUAAUUUGUAUUUCCCUUGUUACUGUAAAGACUGUUUAUUAUGUUUACAGUUGCAACAGCCAUCUUGGGAGGAAGCUUGAGUGUAAAGCCAUUUGUAAAAGGCUUUGCCAUACUCAUUUAAACAUGUGCCUGUUGCUGUUAACUUUUGAUGAAUAAAAAUUGGUCUUUUCUCCUUUUUAUCUUUGCAUUUUACCUCACCUCUCAAUCCUUUGGAAACCAUGCGUUGAAUUACUAACUAGGUGGCCAGUCAGCUGGUGGCUCGUCCAUUCACUCGUGGGCGUUUUGCAGUCUCAGCCGUGUGCAAACACCGCCCUCUGGCUUCUGUGGGCCUUACUCUUGGCAGCCUCCAAGUGUGGCAAGGCCCGGUUCAGUGUGAUCAGUCUUGCCUAGUAUGGACGGUGCUUGAAUUGACAGCAUUUUGUUCCCACAGUUGGGUACUGCCUAAGAAAUCACUCACUGGAGAGGGCAAAAGGUACCAGCUGUAUUUAUCGGCCUUUCCAAAGCAGCAUAAGCAAAAGCCAUUGACUCUUCUUUCUGACACAGGGCCCCCCUAGUCUCAGAUGGCCUGUUAACAGUGUAGACACCUCGCCUCAAACUCACACAGAUCUCCCCACUUCUGUCUCCUGGGAUUUAAGGUGUGUGACACCAUUCCCCGUGCCAGUUAAAGAGUGGUCUUUCAACCUUCCCAGGCCUAGUUCACUAGGACAAACUUUAAGGUCUGACAUUUCUGUCCUUACUCUCUAGAAGAAAGCUUCUAGAAGAAGCUUUACAGAACCCACUUGAGUGACUUCCCUGUUGUCUACAUAAAGAUGGAACUUCAGAACUCUUAUAUCCAAAAUAUUUAAGCAUAUGAUAACUUUAAAAGAUACUUUACCUUUUUAUCUUUUGAAGUGAGUGUUGAGAUUCAGUGUGUUUUUAAACGUACACCGCAUCUCAACGUAGACUGGCCUCAUUCCAAGUGGUCCAUGCCCACAUCUGGCUCGGUUAGUCAGCGUAGGUACCAGAUACGUUAUUACUUGAAGAAAGCCACUGGCCACUCAUACAGUGGCAUCGUGUUGGCGAUUUGGCUGUCCAGGCUCUGACAAAAUUCCUGAACGCUCACAAGAAACUCACCUUAAGCUCACAAUAGCUGAUGUUGUAAAGAACAGUCUUGGUAUUUUAUUUUGCAAUGAGAAAUGUAACUGCCAAUCAUUCUCUCCCUUUAGGCAAAUCUCCUUGGGAAGCCAAAUUAGGAGCAGCUGGUUUACUCAGUGAGCAAGGAUUCUGAGCAAGGGACGCGUUUCCUCAUGCACCCAUCUCCCUGUGGGGAUACCUGCUGAUACCCAUAGCUGUGGACUGGGGUACCCUCUUCCCUCGGAUGCUCUAGGGGCUCUCUGCCACAGUUGUUUCUACAUGGUAGCUUGAUUGCUAACUCUGUUAGACCUGUUACUUCCUUCAGCCCUUUCUCUGUUGAGCUUGCCCAGGCAGUGGCACCACCUGCGGUGGCUGCUGACUUCCGCCCUGAUUAUGCUGGUCUUUGAGUUUAAUAACAACCGAGGUUAGCUUUCCCUCUCCAGCUUCUCAAAGGGAAACUAGGUGAUGCUUCCGGAUCUUCUUAGAGCUGUGUGGG